AUGCUUAGAUCUUCAACUCAAAGAGUAGUAUCUGAUGGCGAAGAUCUAAUUAACGAGGCCAGCCGUUUUCGGGCGGUGAUCCGACAAGUGUACAACGGCCAGGGCGUACUCGGAUUUUGGCGUGGAAACGGGCUGAACUUGCUCAAGUCGUCGCCUGAGUUCGCCAUCAAGUUUAGCGUCUACGACUACACGAAGCGCCGGCUGAAGGCCUUCCGGGACGAUGGCCACUUGAACGCCAUAGACAGAUUUGUGGCUGGCUCGAUGGCUGGUGUGGUCGGCCAGACAUUUCUGUACCCACUCGAUGCACGUAACUCAACUGUUAUUAAUCAUAUAUAUUUAGAUAUAUUAGGGUAA